AUGUCAAAUGACAACGAACACAAAAACGUACCUGGUACCUUUCCGCUGAGCUCCCUAGCUGUAGUGAGCGGGUUGAGCGUUGACGCGGGUGCUCUCGACCUGGGUGUUGAGAGCGCAUGGACUCGCGACGCGGCCAUCGCUAGAGUCAAGAAGUCACUGAGUCUGAGGGUGGAAGCCCCGACUAGUGACCAGUUAUCCACGGACUCGUGGUUGGGAGCUCUUGGAGCCCCAUCAAAAACUCAAGGCCCGCCUCUCACAGAUGGAGGUGAAGGGUCCGCCAUGAUGAGCAUAAGUCCUAUCCUUGGCAGCGUUAGCGGACUCCAGACGUCCCACUUUAGGAUAUGCACCGAUAGAAACGUUGACUUAGAUACCAAUAUUCAAAAUGUCGCACAUCACUCUAAUGAAAAUAUUAGUUGGUUUGACGCACCUAACGACAAUGAUAUCGGUGAAGUACCUGAGUUCCCAAUACUCAAGCCAAUAGUCCAAGCUAUAACGUCAACGCCUCGCGUCACCUAUGAACUUAAAGGAAAAGCUACAGAAGCUAGUAAAGACGCACCUGAAACAGAUGACCUGUUUGAAAAUUGGACCGAAAUCGACGAGCAUGUCGCUCGACUAAGUAAGCCCGACCCCAGAGACACAGACGAGUCACUAAAAAGACUCUGGAAUGACAACAACUGUUGUGAGUCCCUUCAAGUCCAGAACCUAGCGUUGCAAAGGUAUCGUAACCUAGCCCGCAUCGAAUUUGCUGAGCAGGGAAAUCUCAUUGAGAACCUGAAAGAACAAGUGCGGGAGCUCCAGAACCUAGUGAUUCAGAGCCAGUCCCGCGAGAAUGAGGCAUGGAAGCAGACACAAGACACUUACCGUGCUCCGAACCUAAGUGAACCUAAAAACAUGGAGCCCAAGCGUGAGGCACCGGUGGUAGCCCAAGAACAAAGAGACCCACUGAAGGAAUCACAACGUCGGGAAACAACUGAAGACACCCGUUACCAGAGAGCAUCAUCGAUACUCCCCGCUUGUUACAAGUAA